AUGAAACCAUCUAAACUGCAAGAUCAUCUGAGAAGAUGCCACCCUGAUAAAACAGAGAAAGAUUUGAAAUACCUUCAAACACUCAAAGAUAAAUUUCAGAAGAGACCUACACUGCAUAGAAUGUUCGCUUCGGCGUCACAAAGAAAUGAUGAUGGUUUGCGGGCGUCUUACAAUAUGUCGUUACUUAUAGCAAAAUCUGGAAAACCGCAUACUAUCGGAGAGAAGUUAAUUUUGCCAGCCGUUGAAGAGGUUUUAAAAACUGUUUUACACAAACCUGCAUCUGAUAUCAUUAAAAGAAUUCCCUUAAGCAACAAUACUGUUGAAAGACGUAGUGAUGAAAUGAGUUCUGAUAUUGAAGGCUUCUUAUGUAAAUAUUUGCAAACGACCCAUUUCUCUAUACAACUGGACGAGUCAACUUUACCUGAUAAUGCAGCAUUAUUAUUGGCAUAUGUUCGUUUUAUUAUGAAUCAAGAAAUCUACGAAGAACUGCUCUUCGCAAGAACUUUGAUAACCGACACUAAAGGACUACUUCAUUGCAAAGCAAUUCCAUUAUCAAAUAUAAUAUCAGUAGCUACAGAUGGAGCACUUGCCGUGGUUGGACGUUAUCGUGGAUUUAUAAGCUAUUUAAAACAAAAUAUGUCAGGGGUGUUAGCAAUACAUUGCGUCAUCCAUCGACAACAUUUAGUUGCUAAAAAUUUGAGUGUUAGAUUGCAUGAAUCACUUCAUUUAGUCAUUGAUGCAAUAAACCGAAUCCGAAGCAACGCGUUGAAUACGCGGUUAUUUGCACAGUUGUGUGAAGAAAAUUACGAACACUUUCAUCAAUUACUCCCUCACACUGAAGUACGCUGGCUGUCGAAAGGCUUAUGUUUGACAAGAUUUUUUGCACUUUUUGAGACUAUUUUAGAAUUUCUGGAUACUAAAGAUAAAAUUUUGAAUGAAAAUUUAAUGAAGAGGAAAACAGACAUCGCCUAUUUAACAGAUUUGUUUACAAAAUUUAAUAUGGUUAAUUUGCAAUUACAAGGCGACAGUUUAAAUUUGAUAAAAACAAAGUCCAACUUAUCAGCGUUUCUUGCCAGAGUUAAACUAAUGAAGCAAAAUAUUGGACGGGGCGAAUUUUCUCAGUUCCCCAAUUUGUCACAGACAAGCUGCCAGGAAGACGACGUUUCAACUUACGUUCAACAUUUAAAUGCCCUCUAUUCAGAUUUUGAUUCUAGGUUUGAGGAUAUUUUGACUAUGGUAAUACCACCGUGGAUAAUUAAUCCAUAUGGUGACAUAGAAGAAAUGAAUGUCAUAAUACAAGAGGAACUGAUUGAACUAAGUACAAACGAAGAACUUAAGGUUCAGUUUAAAAACGGAUAUCAGCAAUUCUGGCUGCAAAACAACAUAUCCGUUACUUAUCCCGUAUUAUGGAAUAUAGCGAGGAAAUUUUUAAUUUCCUUUCCAUCGUCAUACCUAGUGGAAAGGGGGUUCAGCGCUGUUACGAAUCUCCUAACGAAGAAAAGAAACAGACUGGACAUCAUUAGCCGAGGAGAUUUAAGAUUAACCCUUACAAAAUUGACGCCAAAUGUUGAUAAUUUAUUAUUAAAGCAUCAGGUUCAUCCUUCUCACUAA